AUGGUCCAACUUGUGGGUCCCCUGCGCAAAGAGCUGGCCGAGACCCUCUCCAGCUGCAAGGUGCUGGUUGUAGGGGCAGGAGGAAUCGGCUGCGAGCUGCUGAAAAACCUCGUCCUCUCCGGCUUCAAAAACAUUGAAGUGAUCGACCUGGACACAAUCGAUGUCAGUAACCUCAACCGCCAGUUUCUUUUUCAAAAGAAACAUGUGGGAAAGUCUAAAUCUCAGGUGGCUAAAGAGAGUGCGUUGCAGUUUUGUCCAUCUGCUAAUAUUGUUGCCUACCAUGACAGCGUCAUGAACCCUGACUACAAUGUUGAAUUCUUCCGAAAGUUUAUGCUGGUCAUGAAUGCCUUAGACAACAGAGCGGCUCGAAACCAUGUGAAUAGAAUGUGCUUGGCAGCAGAUAUCCCCCUCAUAGAGAGUGGCUCUGCAGGAUAUCUUGGACAAGUCUCAGUCAUCAAAAAGGGACUAACUGAGUGCUACGAGUGUCAGCCCAAGCCUACUCAAAAGACAUUUCCAGGAUGUACCAUAAGGAAUACACCAUCUGAGCCGAUCCACUGUAUUGUAUGGGCCAAAUAUCUCUUUAAUCAGCUUUUUGGGGAAGAGGAUGCUGAUCAGGAAGUUUCUCCAGACACUGCAGAUCCUGAAGCUGCAUGGGAUCGUGCGGAUGCAGCUGCUCGUGCCACAGCAUCAGAAAAAGAUGGGGACAUUAGACGUGUAUCCACCAAGGAAUGGGCCCGUUCCACUGGGUACGACCCAGUAAAAGUUUUCAACAAGCUAUUCAAUGAUGACAUCAACUACUUGUUAACUAUGGAUAAGCUGUGGAAAAAGAGGAAAGCGCCUACACCUUUGGAUUGGCACAAAAUCGAAAAAAAUGAAAUUCCUAAAGAGUCUGAGUCGACUAAUGCAGGUCUCAAGGACCAGCAGCUGGACGAGAGGGGAGAUGGAGCAGAGCUCGUGUGGGACAAGGACGACCAACCAGCUAUGGACUUUGUUACCGCUGCUGCAAAUCUUCGAAUGAACAUAUUUAGCAUGAACAUGAAGAGUCGUUUUGAUGUGAAGUCCAUGGCUGGUAACAUAAUCCCAGCUAUAGCUACAACCAAUGCUGUAAUCGCAGGACUAAUUGUGCUGGAGGGGCUCAAAAUCUUGUCUGGUGAGAUUGAGUCUUGUCGAUCGAUCUUCCUGAAUAAGGUUCCAAACCUCAGGAAGAAGUUGCUGGUGCCUUGUGUGCUUGACCCACCAAGUGCCAACUGCUAUGUGUGUGCCAGCAAACCUGAAGUGACGGUCAAGGUCAAUGUCAAUAAAACCAUGGUCAUCUCACUGCAGGAUAGGAUCAUAAAGGAGCGGUUUGGGAUGGUGGCUCCGGAUGUUCAAAUAGAAGAUGGAAAAGGGACCAUCCUCAUCUCCUCAGAGGAAGGGGAGACUGAAGCCAACAACAAUAAAUUUCUCUCCGACUUUGGAAUUCGCAACGGAACCCGACUCCAGGCUGACGACUUCCUCCAAGACUACACGCUCAUUGUGAACGUUUUACACACUGAGGAACUGGAGAGGGAUGUGGAAUUUGAAGUAGUAGGUGAGGCUCCUGACAAAGCUCCGCCUCCACAGAAGAAACCAGAAGAUGGAAGUAUCACUAAUGGCAACAAGGAUUCAGCCCAACCGUCCACUUCCUCCAAAGCUCCUGCAGAUGAUGAUGACCUCAUGAUAGUAGAUUCUGAUGAUGAAGGUGCAGCUUCGAGCUCCGCUGCAGAAACGCCCAGCCAUAAGAGGAAGCACUCGGACGCAGAGACAGGAGAAGCCUCGGCCAAACGUCCACGGACAAACCAGACCACUGAGGAGGAUGACGAUGACGAUAUUAUUGCUCUGGACUAA